AUGGGUGACAAAUUCGACUUGUUAAGGAAGACACCGACUAAAACCAGCGCUCAACAACGACGACAGGACGAUAAACUCAGGAUACGCGUCAUCUUCUUGGACGGUAGUGAACGCGUCUUCGAGGUUGAGCAUAGGAUACUGGGUGGGGAUUUCUACAACAAGGUGUGUGGCCACCUGAAGCUGCUGGAGAAGGAGUACUUUGGCCUGGAGUUUCGCCAUCACACAGGCACCUAUGUGUGGUUGGAGCUGCUCAAGCCACUGACAAGACAGAUCAAAAAGGACACCAAUGAUCUAACGUUUCGCUUCAUUGUCAAGUUCUUCCCUCCAGACCCUGGCCAGCUACAGAGAGGACUGACAAGGUAUUUGUUUGCCCUGCAGGUGAAGCAGGACCUGUCCAAUGGCAGCCUGACAUGCAACGACAACAGCGCCGCCCUACUGGUGUCUCAUAUACUGCAGUCAGAGUUAGGUGACUAUGAUGAGGAGUUGGAUAUUCACCAUCUGGAUGAUAAGAAGUACAUCCCCAAUCAGGAGUACCUGGACCACAAGAUCAUGCGCCUCCACAAGAGACACAAAGGCCACACUCCGGCCCAGUCGGACAUUCACCUGCUGGAGGUGGCCCGCAAGCUGGACAUGUACGGCAUCCGACCACAUGCGGCCCACGACGGGGAGGGCAUGAGGAUCAACCUGGCCGUCACACACCUGGGCGUCCUCGUCUUCCAGGGCAACACGAAGAUAAACACCUUCAGCUGGGCGAAGAUCCGCAAGCUGAGCUUCAAGAGGAAACACUUCCUCAUCAAGCUCCACGCCAAAGUGGUGCCGUCUCGAAAAGACACAGUGGAGUUUGCCAUGGCCAGCCGAGACGUGUCCAAGGCCUUCUGGAAGAUGUGUGUGGAGUACCAUGCCUUCUUCCGAUUGGCUGAGGAGCCCCAGUCGGAGAAGAAGUCCCUCCUCUCCAGCAAAGGAUCCAGCUUCAGAUUCAGUGGCCGAACUCAGAAGCAGCUGCUGGAAUGUGUUGAGGGUGGAGACGGUCGAUAUAUGUCCUCGGAGAGGCCUUACUCCAGAUCACGCCAGUGCAGAUCCUCUCCUGACAUCCUCACAGCCGUCUCAAAACAGCUGCUGGAGGAGGUGCACCCGUUCCCCCACCCCCUGCUGGGUCACCUCUCCGAUGGCGACGCCGUCAUCACCUCCAAGCGUAGCCGCUCCGCUGACCUGAUGGCCUGGUCCUCCACCUCCCCCCUCUUCCGCCCGCGCCUACCCUCCUCCUCCCUGGCCGCCGAGCACUACCCCUCCUCCUCCUCCCCCCCCAAGCUCCGCCAUGCCUCCCGCUCCACGGCACCGGAGCGGCGGGUGGGUCGGGGGACCCAGCGCCAGCGGACGGCAGGUGGAGGAGGUGGAGGUGGGGGGAGAGCUCGGAGACGACCCUCCCCCAGUAGCCAGCAGCACCUGGUCCUCCUGUAUCCCAGCAGCCCUCACCUGCAGUUCCACCCGGUGCUGCCCACGUUCCCUCUGGCGGCUGCCACGGCUGCCGGAACUCACCCGUAUCUGGCCCAGGCUCACGCCGCCUCUGUCUCCGCCUCCGAGUCAUCCUCCUCGCUGGAGCGUCUACCUCUGGCACGGGCGUUUCGGACGCACGGCCCCAUGGACUACAUGCCCCAGCCGCUCAGCUCCUACGGCCCCGCUGCCUCCUCCUCCUCCAUGUCUCCGGCCUUCUCGGCCCAGCGUCUGCAGCAGAGGAUCCAGGCGUCGAGGCUCAGCCUGGGGGCUGCGGCGGCGGCGAGGUCCAGGCUCCGCUCGGGGAUGGUAGGCCGGCCUGGGGCAGCAGCAGCAGCAGCAGGGCUGGUAGUGGGUGGUGGAGGUGCUGGCGGAGGUGGAGGGCUGAUCAGGCAGCACCCACGGCUGGACCUGGGCAGGACGGAGGUGGGCCACUACAGCGACGACUCCAGCUUCCACACGGGGCUCCCCCGCCGCGCCUCCAGCCAACCCGACGUGGACUUCCUCCACCCUCCUCAGCCCCCGUUGGCCCAGGCCUCAGAGUACCGCCCCCUGGGCUACUACCCGCACCUAUCGCGGCAGCAGCCGAUGCCGGCGCGCCCCACCUACCUGCCGCUGAGCUCCUCCCCUCUGCCGGAGCGGCCCACGUCGCUCUGCGUGCUGGGCACGGGAAGCUACUCCGACUCCGACUCGGAGCCCUUCGUGCCCUACUACUACCCCGCCGUGGGCAAGGUGGUGCGCUCCGCCCCGCUGGCACGCAUGAGGUUCUCCUCCGGGAGCCUACAGCUGGAGGAAGAGGAGGAAGAGGAGGAA